AUGCCAUCCGCAAUUGUUACUGGUGCAACUGGCAUGACCGGCAGUGCUAUUGUGCGUCAUUUAUGCAAAGACCGCGGAUAUGAAAAGAUCUACUCCCUCUCUCGCAGAAAUCCUGGAGGGGAAAACGCAAAGAUCCAACAUGCCACUCUCGACCUCCGGGGCUCAGCCGAGGACAUGGCCAGGAACCUCAAAGGCAUCUCUGCCGAGUAUGUCUUUUUCUGCGCUUACCUGGCACAUGAUGAUCCUGCGGAAUUGUCGCGCGUGAAUGGACUGAUGUUGUCAAACUUUAUCCAAGCAUUGGAAAUCACAGGCGCUAUCAAAAAUUUGAAGCGCUUUGUUCUGACCUGCGGCUUCAAACAUUACGGUGUCCAUCUGGGUAAUUGUAAGCAACCACUCGUCGAGGAUGACCCUCUGCUUGAGGGCAACAAGGGUGGCAUCUCGUGGCCCCCGAACUUCUACUACGAGCAGGAGCGGAUCCUCAAAGAGGCCGCCGCACGAGGCCAGUGGGAAUGGAUCGUCACACUCCCAGAGGAUGUCCUAGGCUAUGCCCGGGGUAACUUUAUGAACGAAGCCACCGCACUGGGUCUCUACUGCGCGGUGAGCAAGGCGCUCCCGGGCUCUGAGCUUCCUUACCCCGGCUGCAAAGCCAACUACUUUGCCUUUAACUGCUGGACGUCGGCGAACCUGCACGCCAAGUUCUGUCUCUGGGCGGCAACUGCCCCGAAUGCAGGCAACAACAUCUUCAACGUGAUAAACGGCGAUACGGAGUCCUUCCAGUAUCUGUGGCCGCGGCUGGCUGCGCGCUUCGGCUGUAAGAUUCCCAACCCGAUGUUCCCCCAUGGAGGCACCCCCGACACCCAGGGGUUUGGUAAAUACGAGGCAACAACUGUGCGGAUGCCGAACCGUCACCCGCUUGUUGCGCACGCGGACGAGAUUGGCGUCUCAGCCGAUGACGCUCCCACCUUGUUCCUGCAGGUCGAUCCGGAGAAAUGGGCCAAGCGCAAGGAUGUGAAUGAGGCAUGGGCAAAACUGCGCGAUACAUACAGUCUCGAUCAAAGUGGAUGGGACAAGGCCACGUGGGAUUUCCUCACUUUUGUACUGGGAAGGGACUGGAGCUGUGUUGGGACAAUGAGCAAGGCUCGGAAGUUGGGAUGGGAUGGUUAUGCUGAUACUUGGGAAGAGCUGGAGGAUACGUUCAGGGUUCUUGAGCAGGAUGGUAUUUUGCCUUCUGUGGACAAGCUCAGAGCAGACUUUUAG